CACACACACACACACACACACAGUUUACUCCUUACACAAAACUCCGACAUGUUAUAGACAAAACAAUUUACAUGAAUACAGUAAACGUGCUUUAUUGACAUGUCCUUACCGACAUCACUGAGUUUGUCACACAAAGCUGAACAGCGGAAGAGGAAACUGGUGGAAAAUAAAUGGUCGCGCGCGCACUUUUAAAGUUCUAUCGGUAUCACUUCAGUGCACAACAACACUCUUCCUCAUGUCCCAGGAAGAUCUUCUUCACUGAGAGGAUUAUGACUGAUGGGAUCAUACAGUGUUUAUGGAGAUGAUGACGCACAAUCACUCGCACACACACACACACACACACACACACACACACCUACCUGCAGCAGCUUCACCAAGCUCCAAUAGAUUCAGCAUGCCUGACUUCGAUGUCAUUGUCUUGGGCACUGGGCUCAAGGAAUGCAUCCUGUCCUGUCUGCUGUCCAUCUGCGGGAAAAAGGUUCUUCACAUAGACCAGAACCCGUAUUAUGGAGGAGAAAGCGCCUCCAUCUCACCUCUGGAGGAGCUUUAUAAGAAGUUCCAGGUUCCGGGGCCUCCUAAAGGAAUGGGACGAGGCAAGGAGUGGAAUGUUGACCUUAUUCCAAAGUUUAUGUUUUCUAACGGACAGCUGGUGAAGAUGCUGCUGUUUACGGAGGUGACGCGAUAUUUGGACUUCAAAGUCAUCGAGGGCAGUUACGUGUUCAAAGGUGGAAAAAUUCACAAAGUUCCCAUCACAGAGGCAGAUGUCCACGCUUCAGAUUUGAUGGGCAUGUUUGAUAAGAGAAGGUUCCGGAAGCUUCUCCUCUUCAUCCUGAACUUUGAGGAGCAUGACCCCCGCACGCACCAGGACAUGGACCCGCACCGGACCACCAUGAUGGACGUGUUCCGCCAUUUUGAUUUGGGUCUGGACGUAGUAGAGUUUGUUGGACAUGCACUGGCUCUGUACAGCACUGAUGAUUAUCUGGACCAGCCAUGUCUGCAGACCAUCAAGCGGAUUCGGAUGUACUCUGAGUCUGUGGCUCGGUACGAUCACAGUCCUUAUCUGUAUCCACUGUAUGGACUCGGGGAGCUUCUGCAGGGCUUUGCAAGGCUGAGUGCUCAGCAUGGAGGCACAUACAUGUUGAACCGCCAUGUCGAUGACAUCAUAAUGGAGAAUGGUAAAGUGGCAGCUGUAAAAUCUCAGGAAGAGCUUUUCCGAUGUAAGCAGCUCCUGUGUGAUCCCAGCUACGUCCCCAACCGGGUGAAGAAAAUGGGGCGGGUCAUUAGGGUCAUCUGCCUGCUGAACCAUCCAAUCAAAAACACUCACGAUGCCAACUCGUGCCAGAUCAUCAUACCUCAGACGCAGGUGCACAGGAAAUCAGACAUCUAUGUGUGUUUGAUGUCCUUCACUCACAACGUGGCUCCUGAAGGGAAGUACAUUGCUGUAGUGAGCACCAGCGUGGAGACGAGUAACCCGGAGAAGGAGGUGCAGCCGGGACUGGCGCUGCUUGAACCUAUCAUGGAGAAGUUUGUCUCCAUCAGCAACAUCAUGGUUCCCUCAGAUGAUGGGAGGCGGAGUCAGGUUUUUGUGUCACGCUCCUACGACGCCACCACACACUACGACAUGGAGUGUGAGGACAUUAAGGAUCUUUUCAAGCGCAUGACAGGGACAGAGUUCAGCUUCGAAGAUUUCCGCAGAGAGUCUGAGGUUGACACAGAAGAUUAA